AGGUGUAUGAAUAAGAAGGACUAUUCCCCUCACUUCUUUUGUGUCUUUCCUCCUCCAAUCCUCUCUUGUAGUUGCUUACAUUUUCAUUAGUUUUAUAACACGUUAUCAGCACGAGACUCUUCCUUUUGAAAAGGUUAAAUUCACAAUUGUUCUGCUCAAGGUAUGUCAAUUCUCCCAAAUUGUUUCUUUUAUUGUCCUAUUUCAAUUUACAUAAUUUCAUUUAUUAAUCAACACAUGAAAUCUUUGUUUGAGAAUGCAAAGGUAUAAUUUCCUUCUUAAUAUUUUUUUUAUUAUUUUGAAAUUCGAAUUUAUUUAUAUAUUUGUAAAAAUAUCAAAUUGAUAUAUCAUGGGUCACAUAAGUCGUUUGUCUUGAUAGUAAUCUAUAUUUAUUUAUUGAAUUUUGACUUUAAUUUGUGUAUAUUUUUUAUGAUAGUAUGUCGAACCUUUCAAAGCUUGAGUUUGUGGCUCUUGAUGUCACUGGAAAGAAUUACCUAUCAUGGGUGCUAGAUGCUGAAAUUCAUUUAGCUGCCAACGGUCUUGGAGACACGAUUAAAGAGGGCAAUGAAGCAUCAGAUCAAGACAAAGCUAAAGCAAUGAUCUUUCUUCGACAUCACCUCCACGAGGGAUUGAAGAAUGAGUAUCUUACGGUCAAAGAUCCACUUAUUUUGUGGACUAAUUUGAAGGAGCGGUAUGACCACCAAAAGACUGUGAUUCUUCCUAAGGCUCGUUAUGAUUGGAUGCAUUUGAGGUUACAAGAUUUUAAAUCUGUGAGUGAUUAUAAUUCGGAGCUAUUCAAAAUAACCUCACAACUACUGUUAUGUGGAGAAAAUAUUACUGAUGAAGAUAUGUUGGAAAAAACAUUCUCCACUUUUCAUGCAUCCAAUGUGCUCCUGCAGCAGCAAUACCGUGAGAAAGGUUUCAAGAAAUAUUCUGAGCUGAUUUCUUGUCUCCUUGUUGCUGAACAAAAUAAUGAGCUCCUAAUGAAAAAUCACCAAUCUCGUCCUACUGGUGCCGCCCCAUUCCCAGAAGCGAAUGUGGCGACGUUCACCCAAUAUCCUUAUGGGCAAAUACAUGGACGUGGACAUGGACGAGGACGAGGACGUGGGCGUGGUCAUGCUCAUGCUCGAGGUCGUGGCCGUGGCCGAGAUCUUGGUCGUGGUAAUGGUCGUGGUGAAAGUUCCAAAAGCUCAUUUUUCCCCAGAAGUGGAAAAAAUGAUGGUAGGAGAAGCAAGGAACAAAGUGUUCAUGGUAACAAACACGUCGAAAAUGUGUGUUACCGUUGUGGUGGAAAAGGUCAUUGGUCUCGUACCUGUCGUACGCCAAAACACUUGGUUAACCUCUACCAAGAAUCAUUGAAAGGGAAGAAGAUAGAAACCAAUUGUAUUUUUGAGGAAGAUGAUUCAGGAAAAGACUAUAAUGAUGCUACUCAUCUAGAUGUGUCCGACUUCUUUGCCCACCCUGAAGGAAAAAUAGAUCACCUGAUUGGUGAUGGGAAUGUUCGCAAGUGAAAAACUUAGCAUUUCCAUUUGAAAUUUCUAUUUUGUUGUCGCUUUGUUCACAAGUGAAAAGUUUGGGUUUCCCAUUUGAAAUUUCACUUUCUUUGUCGUUUUCCUUGAGUGUGUUUUUCCUAUUAAUGUGUCAGUUUAAUAUAAUUUCUCUUUAUAAUCCUUAUGUGGUUAAAUUUCAUCUAUUAUAAUCAUGUUAUUAUUUUUAUAUUUGUUUGGAGAUAUUUUCUUAUAUUGAUUUACUUUCUAUCUUUUGUGAAGAAUGAAUAUUCCCAUGCUUGGCACCAAGAUAAAAAACCAUGAUGUGUGUCUUAUUGAUAGUGCAUCGACACAUACAAUCUUGAAGGAUAAGAAAUAUUUUUCUCAUCUUGAAAUGCGAGAAGCAAAUGUUAGUACUAUAUCUGGAAGUACAAAUCUAAUUGAAGGCUCCGGAAGAGCUAGUGUAUUGUUACCAGAAGGGACCAAGUUGUAUAUCAAUGAAGCCUUAUACUCUUCAAAGUCUCAAAGAAAUUUAUUGAGUUACAAAGAUAUUCGCCGAAAUGGAUAUCAUAUUGAGACAAAGGAAGAAGAGAAUAAAGAGUAUAUUAUGAUAACAAAUAUGGUCUCCGAUAAAAAACACAUAUUGGAGAAAUUGCCUGCUAUUUCUUCUGGGUUGUACUACACGUUUAUUAGUACAAUUGAAACACAUGCAGUGGUAAACCAGAAGUUUACAAAUCUUGAUAAUUUUAUAGUUUGGCAUGACCGGUUAGGCCAUCCCGGAUUGAUUAUGAUGCGAAAAAUCAUUGCCAAUACAUGUGGACAUCCAUUGAAAGGUCACAAAAUUUAUCAGUUUAAAGAUGUACCAUGUGUUGCAUGUUCUCGUGGCAAGUUGAUUAUACGGCCAUCACCUGUGAAAGUAAGGAGUGAAUCUCUCACAUUUUUAGAACGUAUACAGGGUGAUAUAUGCGGGCCAAUUCACCCACCAUGUGGACCAUUUAGAUAUUUUAUGGUUUUAGUUGAUGCAUCAACUAGAUGGUCACAUGUGUGCUUACUAUCAACUCGCAACCUGGCGUUUGCUAGAUUACUUGCCCAAUUGAUACGACUACGAGCACAUUUUCCUGAUUUUCCAAUCAAGAAAAUACGUCUAGAUAAUGCUGGUGAAUUUACUUCACAAACUUUCAAUGACUAUUGUAUGUCCACUGGCAUUGAUGUUGAACAUCCUGUAGCACAUGUUCAUACACAAAAUGGCCUUGCAGAAUCAUUUAUUAAGCGUUUGCAACUUAUUGCAAGACCAUUGCUUAUGAAAACAAGCUUGCCAAUUUCUUGUUGGGGACAUGCUAUAUUGCAUGCGGCAACAUUAAUUCGCAUAAGGCCAACAAGUUAUCAUGAAAUUUCCCCCUUGCAAAUGGUUUUUGGUCAGGAACCUAAUAUUUCCCAUCUAAAAAUAUUUGGGUGUGCCGUCUACAUCCCUAUUGCUCCACCACAGCGUGUUAAGAUGGGUCCUCAAAGGAGGUUGGGAAUUUAUGUUGGAUAUGAGUCCCCGUCAAUCAUAAAAUACUUAGAACCCUUGACGGGAGAUUUAUUCACUGCUCGUUUUGCUGAUUGUCAUUUUGACGAAUCAGUUUUUCCAACAUUAGGGGGUGAGAGCAAACAGCUGGGAAAAGAUAUUUGUUGGAAUGAAUUAUCAUUAUCUCACCUUGAUCCUCGUACUAGACAAUGUGAACUGGAAGUUCAAAAGAUAAUUCAUUUACAAGGUUUAGCAAACCAACUGCCGGAUUCUUUUACUGACCAGAAGAGAGUGACAAAGUCACACAUACCAGCUGUAAAUGCUCCAAUGAAAGUUGAUGUCCCUGUUGGACAAUCUGAAAUUGCAAAUGAAUCUAAACCACGAAUGAAGCGUGGUAGACCAGUAGGUUCCAAGGAUAAAAAUCCUCGAAAAAGAAAAGGAGCCAUGAAUCAAGUUGGUCAAAUCGAGGAUAUGAAAGGUCAAGAAAAGUCCCCGAGCAUAACUAAGAUUGUAGUUCCCGAAGAACAUCAGGUACCUGAAAGUUUUGAUAAUGAAGAGAUCUCAAUCAAUUAUGUCUUAGAUGGAAAAUGUUGGAACCGAAGUAAAAUAAUCGUCGACGAUGUUUUUGCUUACGCUGCAGCGUUGAGUGUGAUGAAUGAAAAUGAGGAUCAUGAACCAAGAUCUAUUGACGAAUGCAAGUCAAGAGAUGAUUGGCCAAAGUGGAAAGAGGCCAUUGAGGCAGAAUUAAACUCGCUUUCAAAGCGAAAGGUUUUUGGACCGGUAGUCCUUACACCAGAAAACGUAAAGCCAGUGGGAUACAAAUGGGUUUUUGUGCGGAAAAGAAAUGAAAAGGGUGAAGUCGUGAGAUAUAAAGCACGUCUUGUCGCACAAGGAUUCUCACACAGACCUGGCAUUGAUUAUGAGGAGACAUACUCCCCUGUGGUGGAUGCAACUACGUUUCGAUACUUGAUUAGUCUAGCAGUUCGAGAAGGACUAGAUCUGCGUCUAAUGGAUGUUGUGACAGCCUAUUUGUAUGGAUCACUUGAGAAUGAUAUAUAUAUGAAACUCCCUGAAGGAUUCACUUUGCCAGAAGCGAACAAAACACAUUCUCGAGAAAAUUUUUCUAUCAAAUUGAACAAAUCCUUGUAUGGAUUGAAACAAUCUGGACGAAUGUGGUACAAUCGUCUCAGUGAAUAUUUGGUGAAAGAAGGAUACACGAAUGACCCUAUUUGUCCAUGUGUUUUUCUAAAGAGAUUGGGUAGUGAGUUUGUUAUAAUAUCAGUUUAUGUUGAUGACAUAAACAUCAUUGGAACUCCCGAAGAGCUUCCAAAAGCAGUUGAUUGCUUGAAGAAAGAGUUUGAAAUGAAAGAUUUAGGAAGAACAAAGUUUUGUCUUGGAUUACAGAUUGAACAUUUGAAGGAUGGUAUUUUUGUGCAUCAAGAAGGAUAUGUUGAAAAGGUGCUUAAGCGAUUUUAUAUGGACAAAUCACACCCGUUGAGUAAUCCAAUGGUUGUAAGAUCACUUGAUGUGAAAAGAGAUCCAUUUAGACCUCGAGAAAGUGAUGAAGAUCUGCUUGGCCCUGAAGUGCCAUAUCUUAGUGCAAUAGGAGCAUUAAUGUAUCUAGCCAGUCACACACGACCCGAUAUAUCGUUUGCUGUGAAUAUAUUGGCAAGAUAUAG